UGUCUUGAAACAGAGAGAACGUGAGCUCGAGGAAGGAGGUGUUGGAAUGAGCUUGACUCAAGAGAACGCUGGGAGGAAGGAGGAGGGUGGGAAGCGAGAGAUGAUAAGCCCAGCUCUGAGAGAAGCGCUCACAAAACAAGGUUACAAGCUGAUUGGGAGCCAUUCUGGGGUGAAGCUCUGCCGAUGGACAAAGAGAUUUGCCAGAGCUCUUGCUGAGGCAGUUAUUUCCCUUAAUGUGCCAGUGGAAGUCAUUAGCACGGGAGACUGUGAUCCAGAUGAUUGUUUAUUAGACGAGACAACCAGCAGGAACAUCUGUGUGUUCUUGGUGGCUACGUACACAGAUGGGCAGCCAACCGAGAGUGCAGCCUGGUUCUGUAGGUGGUUAGAAGAGGCUGCACACGACUUUCGCUUUGGGAAAGCCUAUCUGAAGGGCCUGAGAUAUGCUGUAUUUGGCUUGGGAAACUCUGCGUAUGUUGCUCAUUACAACACAGUUGGAAGAAAUAUUGACAGGUGGCUGUGGAUGCUCAGCGCCAGCCGGAUCGUGACUCGUGCCGAGGGGGACUGUAACGUGUCCCAGAGCGAGCAUGGCACCAUUGAGGCCGACUUUGAAGCCUGGAAAGCCAAGUUCCUCACUCAGCUUCAGGCCCUCUGCAGAGGGGAAAAGAAGCCCUGUGGUGGGAAGUGCAAGAAAGGGAAGUGCAAAUCUCCAGGGAAGCAGAGCAGGGAGAGUUCAGAUCAUGAACAUGGGGUAUCGGAAUAUACGAAUACUGAGGCAGAAGAGUUGUUUGAAAGCAGUAGUGAGGAGGAAGCUGACGCUGAGGAAGCUGGAGGGUCAAAUUCUGUCCUUGAUGUUGAAGAUCUUGGCAAGAUCAUGAGGCACGUGAAGGAAGCCAAGGUUACAAGCUGAUUGGGAGCCAUUCUGGGGUGAAGCUCUGCCGAUGGACAAAGACAUCAUACAAAUCCAGUGGGCACAGAGUGGCAAUGGAAGAUGGACCAACCUGAAAUGAUCUUGCAGGAGGCUAUUGAGAACCAUCAGAAUAUGAUCAAGCAGUUCAAAGGCGUCUCAGGAUUACAAGCAGCUCGCUUUGAGGAAGCAAUGACCGCAAAGCAGUGCGCACUGUCACUGGUGGGAGAGCCCAUCAUGUACCCGGAGAUCAACCGGUUUGUGAGGCUCCUGCACCAGCACAGCAUCUCUACCUUCCUGGUUACAAAUG